AAUUAAUAUCUUCUCCAUUCACUCACUCGCUCUCACCAGCUCGUAUUGUUCUUCUUCUUUGCUCUCUAUAUUAACCACUACGUAAAUUUCAUUGAAAGAGAAAGAAAAGGGCGCAGGGCAGGGAUUCUCGCAUCGAUCAAAAGUACCCCGCUGCGCAGCACUCGCAGUAGUCAUCAAAGCUGCUACAGUACUCCAACAAAUACCAGAGCCAAAUUUCCCAAGCCACAAACCCUCACCAGGAUACCCGCCGUCUGUCAGCUUUAGACCACUUCCCCUGAGAACAAGCAGCAGAUCCUUCAGGAGUGGACUUUCAUUCCUUCUCUUCUUGUGUUUGUUUACCGGUGUAACACACCAGCAAGAUGGCAGCAGCACCGCCGGUACCGAAUGGAAAAGCCCAGAACGGCUCUGCGAUUCCUCCCCAAUCGCCAGCGGGAACGGCAAAUGGACAGGCGCUUACGGGGAAGCAAGAGCAUUAUCUGAAGCGCGAGUUGAUUUCUCACCAAGUCAAGUUCGAGAUCACGGAACUGAACUCCCCAACGGCGCUCCAGCGCUUCGGCGCCCCGUUCAAGUCGGACUUUGGAGAGGUGUCGCCGCUGGACUCGGAUCUGCCGAUUCUGAGGUAUAUUUUUGUUCAUCAUGUGCGCGAGUUUCCGUUUCUGGAUAAAGCGAAGGAGAAGGAGUUUUGGCAGGAUAAAUUACAGGUGUUCCUGGAAUCGUUCGCGAAGAAACAUAUCUCGUCCUCGGAAGAUAGACUGGAGGAGACGAAGAGAAGGAAGUUGUCCAUAAAAUGCCAGAAAUUGGUGGAGUUGAUGAUGGUUUCAGGCGUACCUACAGCUUCUGGGUAUGAAGAGCGGAUACGGUUCUCUGAGCUUGAGGUUGUGGAUGCUGGUGCUAUUGAGCAUGGGGUUCUGCAGACGCUACCGGAAGGACAUUACACGAACGGGUGGGAUGUGAAUGUUGCUGGUGUCAGAACGACGAGUGUGAAGAGGAAUAUUCGGUAUCACAAGCAUGCGGAAUUCAUUCUCCGGAUUAAGAGGAAGAAUGAGCUCGAAUACUUCGUUGGGAGAAGAUAUGGAGAUUUUGCAAGACUUCAUAAGAGGUUACGACAAGAAUUGCCAGGGAAAGUAUUACCUCCAAUGCCUAAGAAGAACAAGCAGAGUUCCACAGCUUCCAAUCUACUCAGUGGAAUCACGGGUGGCAAUGACAGCGACGCGUCGUCUAUAUCUUCGGUUUCCACUAUGGGCACAGUUCCCCAGGUCCAACAGUCCUUGAACAAUCUAUCAGUCACUGGACAUCGCAGACAACUCUCUGCAGCAUCGAUGGGAAGAGCUUCACCACGCUCAUCAAUGGACGGAAGAUCAACGACCCCAGCAUUACAAUCAGAAGAAGUACGCAACAAGCCUAAUAUACUCAGAAGGAAAUCAAAAAAGCUUACAGCUGAACAGCCAAUCGUUCUAUGGCGUGAGAACCAAAGAAUCUCACUCAGAGCGUUCCUCCGAACCCUCCUCUCAAAUCCUCAGAUUGCCAACACGAAAGCAAUUCAAGACUUUUUGUCUUUCCAACCAAUCACUCCAACAGAUGCUGAUGUGGAAGAUAUUGCUAGACGAAAAGCUAUGGAUGAGAAGAGAGUUGAGGAGCAGAAGCAAUUCUAUGAGAUUGCGAGAAAACGUGCUGCUGAGUUGGAUGUUUACAUGGAGCAAUUCCGCCGUGAUAUCAUCGAAAGCAAUGGUCUAACAAAGCUUUUCAAGGAGAUCAAAGAAAAGAAAACCAUCCAGGAUCUAAGUAUUCAGUACCAGAAAUUUGCAGAAUGGUUACGGAUCGAGGUUGCAGCGACAAUCUACCAUCUCUUCCUGGCAGAGGACAACUCACCUGAGUUAUUUGCUCAAGCGAAGAAGAUUCAUUCCAUGAUCCCUUACACAUUAAUCAAGAACGCAAUCAGAAUAGCAAAUCCGGCAGCAGUUAUGUCUAGUAUUCUGGAUAUCUUUCUAGCUCAACCCUUUGGUGCCAGGUCGCUGAUGCAACGCAUAUUUGCCCUGACGUUGAACGACGGUAUCAGAAGUUUCCAGAAGUCUAUCGAUGCUGUAAUGGAUAAGAUUGGGGAUCCGGUUUUCUGUGAGAAGUUGAAGAAAUUCUCAGAUGCUGAUGAGGACGUCAAGAACAUCAUCCGAGAAGAAUCGAAGAACGAUGAUGUGGAUUUGAUAGUGGCGAUCCUGCGCUCUGAGCUCAUCGAGCCACCUCUGAAGUCGGAUCAAGUCGGCAAGAUCUUCAACGCAUACGUUGCAUGGAAUCAUGUAGUGGAGAAUGUGGAUGAUGAGAUGAAGCAAGGAGCCCAGCUUUUCUCAUACUUGAAGCAGCUUCUGAAGUUGUACACGAGACAACGAGAUAAGGCUAUGAUGCUGAGCAUGAUUGAAGAGCCGGUCACGUUACAGCUUCUCAAGGAUGUCUUUGUCAUAUUCUACGAGCCUCUUGUUCGGGUUUACAAGUCGGCGAAUGUUUACAGUAGUGUUACAGAUUUUGCUGUAUUCAUCGAUGAUAUGAUACAAGUUGUCGAAAAAUGCCGCGAACAAGACGUCUCAGCAGAUCCCAAUCAAACAGUCCAAGCAUUCAUCGACCUCUGCCAACGCCACGAACACAACUUCUAUAAAUUCGUCCACGAAGUCCACACCCACGACAAUGGCCUCUUCACCCAACUAAUGGGCUGGAUAGAAGGAAUCCUCGAAUUCCUCCGCCAAGGCCCCAAAGCCGGAAAACUCGACAUAAACGCCCUCUUCACCGGCGCCGUCUCCAUGAACCAACUCGACAAAGAAAAAGCCAUCUCGGAAAUCAACGCUCUGAUCUCCUGGCAAGAAGCCCGCAAGAAGUGGCACCAAGACAAAACUCGCCAGAAGAUGGCUGCAGAGGGCAAUAUUUCGAAUGUUGAGACUAUUCCUGGGGGCAUCGCAUUCAAGAGCUCGGAUUUUGGCUUGGAUCAGAUGGAUUUGCAGGAUAUGGCGUAUGAGGAGGAGGAUGAGAGUAGUGACGAGGAGGAAGAGGAUGAUGAGUUGGAUCCGAUCGAGGCGGAGAGGAAGAGGAGGGCAAGGAAGCAGGAUCAUCUGAGGAGGACGGCGGGCGAGCCGGUUAAGCCGGAUGUGGGAGAGGUUUAUAAGCUGAAGGAGAACUUUUUGACGAUGUUGAGGAUGGUGCUUGCUGAGUAGAGAGACGACGGUGGGAAAUUGGUUGGGCCAGAAAAAGUUUCGUGAGUGAGAACUGGAUACAAUGGAUAUGAAGAAACGGGUUUUGCAUAACCCACGCAGCGUGAUGCAUGAUGAUAGAUUACAGUACAAGACCAGGCAGCGAAAUAGCAUGUUCUUUUCCCCGCAU